CCUCGGGCGGCUUCAACAAGCGAGUCAUAGUCCAAACCAGGACACUCAUACAGUGUUUCACGUUGAUUUAACUGUACAACGGAGCUACUAACCGGACUUCGCCCAGACGUUCAGCAAAAAGUUUCAUGAGCAUUGUUAAAGAUUACAUAACGUUAUUGAGAGGGAACAUGGCGGGGAAGGCGGAAGUUGACAGCAGCGUCGCUGAGGAAUAUGAAUGCACAAUCUGCUACAACCUCUUCGACGUGGAGCGCCAUGCUCCCAAAAUGCUGUCCUGCUCCCACACCUUCUGCUUGGAGUGUCUGGAGGCUGUGUACACCCGAGAGGGACGCGGCUGGAGGAUCGGCUGCCCCUUAUGUCGCCACCGAACGCCGGUGCCGCAACAUAUAGUGCAGGAGCUCCCGGAUAACACCGCGGUGGCUGACAAGCUGUCACCGGGUAAACCAAUGCACACCGCGGAUGAGGAGGAGCGGAUAGAACCCAUCGCUCAAGAGAACCGUUGUCAGACAUGCGCAAAAGUGGCGUUUAUUGCGGCUUGCAUGUGCACACUUUUGUCCUUCUCUGCCACGGUGGUUCUGGUACUAGUGGGCCUGUUUUUCAUGCAUAAUGUCAAGAGCAGCAAGUCGGUGGGCGCCCUUUGCCUGGUUGGUGCAAGUGUACUCGCUCUCUUCUCCCUCAUUCUCACCUGGUUGACAUGCAUGUUAAAGCAUCCGAGCUGAAACAUGAACGAGACAUUUUACUUCCGCCUUGUUUGGAUGUGACCCACAUAGAUGGACUGAGCGAUGAACGUUUGUUGAUUUUUUUUUUUACACUUUAAUUUAAUGUUUAAUUAAUUCGGCUAAUUUUCAUCUUAGUUUAUUCAGGACAAUAAACUAAAAUAUAUCAUCUCUUUGGGCACUACUGUGUGUUCAUUCCAGGCAGGCGCUUGAAAAUCAUUAACUUACUCAUGUGACUUUAUGUUUAAAAAACAAACAGAGGAAUUCAAUAUGUAGGAGUAUUAGGACCACACUGUAAAGACAAAAACAAAUAAUAGCCAAGAAUAAAGUUGUAUUGUUUCGAGAAUCAUCUAUUACAGUCCCAAUUUUCAGAGAAUCAAAUUUUAUGAGAAUAAAGUCAUUUAAGGUUUACAAGAAUUAAGCUUUAAUGUUAUGAGGGGUAAAUGUUACAUGUCACAUGCGUAAAGUCAUUUUACAACACUAAAGUCGUAAUAUUAGAAGACAGAUUCACAAUGUUAUGAGAAUUAAGUUGGUAUAUAAAAAUAUAUAUAUAGACAUAUAAUAUACUAUAUUAUAUUCGAAUAAAGUGACAUUUUCAAGAAUAAAGUUUGGACUAUUAUAAGGAAAGUCCCACUUCUUUUGAAUAAAUUCCAAAAGUAAAUGUUGAAGAAUGAAACUUGCAGUGAUACGAGAAAGAAAGUUAUGUUGUAUCCAAACAUGGUUGAUUAUUUUUAAGAAU